UAGGAGCUCGAGGAAGGCGGGACUUACGCGUAACUGAGACACGUGUACACACAGUCAAGCAGGAAGUGAAUGUGUUUAGCUGGUGCCAAGUAAACAGCAGCACCAUGCUUCUAGGUUACAGUCCUGUGGUUCAGGCCCUGUUCGGGACCCUCUUCACCUGGGGUCUCACUGCAGCUGGAGCUGCUCUGGUCUUCAUCUUCUCAAGUAAACAGAGACGGAUCCUGGAUGGAAGCUUGGGAUUUGCAGCAGGGGUCAUGCUGGCGGCCUCGUACUGGUCCCUUCUGGCCCCUGCGAUUGAGAUGGCUGAAGAAUCUGGAAAAUACGGGGACUUUGCAUUUUUCCCUGUUGCCGUUGGCUUUGGUCUUGGCGCUCUGUUUGUUUACCUUGCAGAUGUAAUGAUGCCUGUUCUGGGUGUUGGGACAGAACCCCAUAUGGCUCUUGCACUUCCAACUGAUACCAAACAUGCUAAAGAAAAAAAGAAGAACUCUUCGGCUGGACUGUAUCAAGAGGACGAUUUGUCCAUCAGGAUAGGUAGAGCUGGAGUUCAAUCAGAUAAAAUAGAGAAUGGUGAGGUGUACCAAAGACGCAGGGGUCCAAACACUGGACAUACAGCAGUACAGACAGUGGACACUAAACCACAGGAACAGACAGGCCAGACUGCAAGCAGCUGGAGACGGAUCCUUCUUUUAAUACUGGCCAUUACCAUACACAACAUUCCUGAGGGUUUGGCAGUCGGCGUGGCCUUCGGAGCGAUCGGAAAAACUCAGUCAGCCACAUUUGAGAGUGCCAGAAACUUGGCUAUAGGGAUUGGCAUUCAGAAUUUCCCAGAAGGCCUUGCAGUGAGUCUUCCCUUAAGAGGUUCUGGGGUGUCCACAUGGCGAUCCUUCUGGUACGGACAGCUCAGUGGGAUGGUGGAGCCUUUGGCUGGGUUGUUAGGAGCUGUUGCUGUAGUGCUGGCAGAGCCGUUGCUACCGUACGCUCUUGCCUUCGCCGCAGGAGCCAUGGUGUAUGUAGUGGUCGAUGACAUCAUUCCCGAAGCACAAGUCAGUGGAAAUGGUAAGCUGGCCUCCUGGACGUCCAUUUUUGGCUUCAUCGUAAUGAUGUCACUGGACGUGGGGCUUGGUUGACCCUUUCUAUGUGUUGAAAUGUGUAACCAUUUCCAGAACAUCAGCUGAUUGCACUGAAAAAAGCGACCAAAGCAGCCUUUUUUCUUAGUGUAUAGGUAUAAUUGUUGUAUUUUUUUUUUACUUAUUUGAUGUACAUUUGUGUUAUUUUUAUUGAUUUUAAGAAUGAGUCGCAUUUGUUAGACAGGGUGGAAUAUUGCUUACAAAAUGACAAUACUUGAAAAAUGAUUAAAACUUGAAUGAAUGAUUUAGGGUUUUAUUUUUGAGGUAUGGUAUGAUUUGUAUAAUAUGUGUUUGUUUACAUGGGUAGACCAAUAUGUGUGAGAUUUAUACUCAACUCUUACCAUCCAUAUGCUCUCAGAAAUGCUGUGCACUUAAUUGAUAAUGAAAACCAGUGAAAAUUCAGAUCAUUACAUCUUUGAUUAAUUGAUUCAUUUACACUGUGAAUCAUUUAUUUAUGAUUCAGUGGAUCCAUUAAGGUUCAUCUAGUAUUUCAUUGUUAUUACUGAACUACUGUUUCAUCUUUCACUCUGUCUUUUCCAUAAUUGCAUCUGUAACAUAUUGAACAAGUUAUAAAUGAAGUUUCAUUUUCUGUAGGAGUAUAAAUAUUAUUCAAUGGUUUAAUAAAAUUUCUAAUUCCUUAAAAAACGAA